GUGAUCUCGAGUACAUUUGGCCGCCGCUUGCGCAGGCGGCAACGCGCGUGGAUUCAAUUAAGAAAUUUUAUUUUUAAUUGACAAGUGUUGCGGUUCAGUAUAAGUAAUUUUAAAUUUAGGCUAUAUUUUAUUAGACAGUGGUGGUGAUGUUCUAAAAUUUGAGUGAUUGGAUGAAAUUUAAUGUUUAUUUGAUUAUAUUCAUUUGUUUAUAUAUCUGCAAACCCAUACGAGAUAUAUACAGUAUGUGGCUUGUGAUAGGGGCGAAAUUAUCAUAAACUUCCUAAAUAUUCCUAAAACAAGUCAAGAGGUAAAUAUUAAUUUUUUAAAUUAUCGAGUAAUGAUUUUCCCCUUUACAAAAUUGACAUCGUCGUCAUCCUAAACCAGUGAUACUGGUAGUAGGUAACCAAAACAAUGAAACGUAUAUAUCAUAUUGGAAAACCACUUCACUUUUACCUUAUAACUUGAGAACACGACUCACAAUUGAAUGACUAAUAAUAAAGGGGUUUUUUUCGCGGUGGGACAAAAUACCGGUUCUGCCAAAAUCAUUUGUUUUUUGCUAAAGGUUACAAACGAAGAUCAACCAGCCUUGAGUUGAGUAUCUCACGCGAAUCAGCCGUGACUGUGUACAAACAGAUAAUUUAUAUAAAUAAUAAAAGUGAAUUGUUGUUGAUAACAGAUUUACUAUCAGCAGAUAAAGACAGAGACGAGGUAUGAGAAGAAGACAGAUGAGAAUAAGGGACACCGCAAAAAUGAUAAUUGACGUAUGUAGAGCAGAUUAAUGUUGAAGGUCUUCAUAAGGGCAAGGAACCGCGUUAAGAUAUAUGCAUAAAACAGAUAAGAUAUGUGCACAAAAUGAAUUAACAAGCUUUAUAUUUGAGAUAUUCAAGCUCUCUUUGAAGACAGACGCAGAUACAAUCAUCACUCAAGAAACUACAGCAAGUCAAGCGCUGAUCCAAAAACGUUUAUUAAAUAAGCGCUAAGAUGGUUCAAAGAGUAUCAGACACGGAGAAAUCAGUUCCCGAAGACACAUUCUCCCAACUUCUAGGACAAUUCGGGAAAUGGCAACUAAUAAUCUUUCUGUCAGUGUUCCUCAUCAAAUUUGCAUCAGGAUGGGUGCAGAUGACGAUACUGUUUCUAACACCUAAAGUGACUUAUUGGUGUGAGGAGUUUCCAGAGAAUCAUACGGGGGUUAUAGCCAACGGGAGUUGUUACAAGGACUGUGUGAAGUACGCGUAUGACACGAGUCCUAUGGAGAGUACGAUAGUGUCGGAGUGGGAUCUGGUGUGCGAUCGGGCGUGGAUGGCCAGCUUUACGCAGAUGAUGCUGCAGUUGGGGAUAUUGAUCGGGAGCAUCGUUUUUGGAUUUCUUUCUGACAGAUUUGGCCGCCGCAUAACCUUCCUCGCCUCCAUCAUCGGCCUCGUUCUGUUCUCGUUCUGCGUCCCCUUCUCCCCCAGCUACCCCCUCUUUACCCUCACCCGCUUCCUCCUCGGCUUCGCCACCGCCGGCACCAUGGUCAUCUCCUUCGUCAUCAUCAUGGAGGCCGUCGGCCCCAAGUACAGGGAGGCCUUCGGCUGCAUCUUCCAUAUCCCUUUCAUCUUCGGACACCUCACUAUACCAGUCUUCGCAUACUUCUUCAGGACUUGGCAGUCGUACACGUUGGCUAUAGCAGUUCCUCAAGUGGUGUACUUGAGUUACUUUCUGAUAAUGACGGAAUCUCCGCGGUGGUUGGUGAGCGUGGGGAGAGUGGACGAGGCCACGGAGAUUGUGAAGAAAGCUGCUAUUAUGAACAAAAUGCCAACGGAGAAGAUAGAAGAGACCCUCAAGAAGGUCUCCCACGAGCUGGUGACCCGCGAAGCGCCGAAGGUCCACUACGGGGACCUGUUCCGGCCUAACCUGUGGGUCCGGACCGUGUGCGCCUGCGCUCUGUGGGUCAUCACUGGGGUCACGUUCUAUGGGGUCAACCAGUACAUCAGUCAGACUAGCUCAAGUUUAUAUAUUAGUAUUGCCGCUGCUGCUGUCAUCCAGUUACCCGCCAACCUGCUCUCAAUCUGGUGCGUCCGCACGCUCGGGCGCAAGGCCACCACCAUCGCCGCCUUCGCCCUCGGCGGCCUCUGCCUGCUGACCCUGGGCGUCGUCGGGGACAACUUCUGGCUCAAGUUCACGCUCGGAACAUUAGGAGUCAGCUUCAUGGCUAUAGACGCUACUACCAUCUAUAUAUACUCCUCAGAACUAUUCCCUACAGUGGUCAGGAAUAUGGCUAUGGGUUUAUGUUCUGUAGGGAUGAGGAUUGGAUCUAUGGCGGCUCCGUUCAUUUCCAACUUAGCGGUGACCGCACCAUGGCUGCCGACGGUCAUCUUUGGAUUUGCUCCGUUGAUCGGAGCGGCUAUUUGUCUGUUAUUACCAGAAACUAAAGGCAAGAAACUGCCGGAUAAUUUUGAAGAUAUUGAAAGCUAGAAAUUCAAUGAUACAUACCACAUGGAGUUAUGAGUCCCUGGGAGUUGUCGGGGACAGCUUGUGGUUCAAGUUCACACUCGGAACAUUAGAGUCAGCUUCAUUGCUAUAGACGCUGCUCCUCAGAUCAGAACUAUUCCCUACAGUAGUCAGGAAUAUGGCUAUGGGUUUAUGUUCUGUAGGGAUGAGGAUUGGAUUUAUGGCAGCUCCAUUAAUUUCUAACUUGGCAGUAACCACGCCAUGGCUGCCGACGGUUAUCAUUUGCUCCGUUGAUGGGAGCGGCGACUUCUCUGUUACUAUCAGAAACUAAGGGCAAGAAACUACCGGAUAAUUUUGAAGAUAUUGAGAGCUAGAGUGACACAUAGGACAAGAAGUUAUCUAAUACUCUGCCACCAUUUAUCAAUACCUACUCAUCAGAAUUGUUCCCUACUGUGGUAAAGAAUAUGGCCACGGGACUGUACCUACUCUGUGUGGUUGAGAUUUGGGUCUUGUUAGCUCCGUUUAUUUCGAAGGAAAGAAGCUACCGGACUAUUUUAAAGAUGUUUAGACUUUUAGAGUUAGUUUCAGUGCCAUAAAUAUGGAAUGAAUUCGCAUAGCGGGUUAUUAGCGGGUUUAUGACCGAAAAGUGUCAAAUGUGAUUCAGAUUUGAAAGCACUUUUGAGAAAACGAGAAUAACUCAUAGGUUACUUUAUGUCGAUAAACAUUAUUACUACUAUUAGUGUAAUAGUUACAAAUAUAAGAAUUGAAAUAAUUUUCUUUUAUAGGUAAACUAAUCGAUAUUUUGUGUAAAAAGGACUGUACCGCCUUGAAUUAUCGUUAUUAGUAAUUGACAUACAUAUUUACAUAUCAGUAGGGUAUCUGUAACAAGGGCACCUAGGUGUUCUUAAUAUUUAAAAUAAGGAAAAUUGUAUAUUUACUAUAAAUUUAAAUACUUUAUUUAUACUUAGUAGUAAGUUAUUUGUACAAAUUCAUAGCAGAAUAAAAGGGACCAUUUUGCUCAAAAAUAUUUCUAAACUAACGUUACAUAAGAAUAUAAAUAAAAAUUGUUAACUACUUAACUUAUAAUAGCUAAACUUAGAAUAAAUCUGCCAUUUUAAAGCAAAACGAUAUAUACUGUUGGUUAUCAAUAAAGCGAUAUUAUUAUUUUCAUUAUACUUUCCCUAUGAAAUCGACAACAGGCAAUGUUGUACCUACCUUUUGAUUGGAAAUGGAAGAUACAUAAUAAUGUUAUCUAAUAUCACAAUAUUAUUUUAGAUCUCACAUAAGACUUUAUUAAGUAAAUUUUAAGGUAGCUGUUAUUGAUAGAUCAUAGAAUAUUCUAUCAAUGUAUUGUACCAUUCAUUUAUUAAUUUUAUGCAGAGAGGUGCGACUUGCAGGACCUGCCCGAAAAAAAUAUAAAAAUAAAAUCUGUG